UGGUCGUCAUCGUAAAAGCUGUGAGUUGGAAGGUCUGUGAGAUGAGCUAAAAUUACUGUAAUUUAGACAGAAGAACAAUGUGUGCUUCUAUAGUUUGAAUGAAUGAAGCGGUUUCCAUUACGAGUGGCUGUUUUCUGGACGACCGUUUGAAGCCCCAAAAUGUCGUGGAUACGGGAAGGUGAAUUAAACCUGCUUGAAAAGAUUUCAGCCAAUAUCCUGAAGGCUGGACCCAUGCCUAAACAUGUGGCCUUCAUCAUGGAUGGUAACCGUCGCUUUGCCCGUAAGAAAAACAUGGAGCGCCAGGAAGGACACAUGCAGGGCUUCAACAAGCUGGCAGAGACAUUACGCUGGUGUAAGCAUCUGAACAUCCAAGAGGUGACAGUGUACGCCUUCAGUAUUGAGAACUUCAAGCGCACUAAAAACGAGGUGGAUGGGCUGAUGGACCUGGCCAAGCAGAAGUUUGAAAAGCUGUUGGAGGAAAGGGACAAUCUGAAGAAGCAUGGUGUGUGUAUCCGGGUGCUGGGCGACCUGAACAUGCUGCCACUAGACCUUCAGCAGGUUAUUGCCAAAGCUGUGGUCAUAACCAAGGCACACAAUAAAUGUUUCCUGAAUGUGUGCUUUGCCUACACAUCAAGAUAUGAAAUCACCAAUGCGGUCAGAGAAAUGGCUUGGGGAGUGGAGCAGGGCUUGAUCAAAGCAAGUGAUGUUUCAGAGUCGUUGCUAAGUGAGUGUUUGUACAGCAACAAUUCCCCCAAUCCUGACCUGCUCAUCCGCACCUCUGGAGAGGUGCGACUCAGCGACUUCCUUCUUUGGCAGACUUCCCACUCUUGUCUAGUGUUUCAGUCCGUUCUGUGGCCGGAGUACUCAUUCUGGAACCUGUGUGAAGCCAUUCUCCAAUAUCAAUUAAAUCACAAGUCCAUUCAGAAAGCCAGAGAACUCUAUCGAGAAGAUCAGGCCUUACAGCAGCUAGAGGCGGAUCGUGCCUGUGUAGCAGAGCACCUGCAGCAUCAUGGGAAUGGGAAGCCUGUCGACGCCCAGAGAAGACAAGAGGCACUGCAGCACUACACCACCUGCCGGGAAGAACGGAUCCAGGACUUCCUAGAAGCACUGAAGCACAAGAGAGACUCAUUCUUUAAUGACUUAACGAGCAGCGCCGUCUUGGCCUAGGAGGGCUCCGAAGAACAACACCCCAUGUUGAAGUGGGGAUGAAACCUCUCCUGUCCUCUUCCCAAAAGGGCUUUCUGCGGAAAAGUGAAGAACCAACAGUAACUGGGGAUGAUUUCAUUGUGUUACUGAUCUGUACAAGACGAGAGGGCAAUUUUACCCCUAUGGGGCUGUAGAAAAAAUUGAUAUUUAUGAUUGUAGAUUAAAAAAAAAAAAAGUCUAAUACGUGGAAAUGUCUGGUCAAGAUGUAGUUAAGUACUUGUGUAAAUUGUCUGUCAAAUGCAUGCUAUUGAUUGGAAGAUCAAAGUAUAUGAGUGAAAGCCAGAGAUCCUCUGUUUUGGAGACGUUCCCAAAGCAGCCGUCCAGAUUAAUCAGCACAGUUUUGCAUUUUUUGUUGUGGCCCAAAGAAAGUGUUGUUUGUUGAGUGUGAUGUUGAUGACAUAACUAGAUUUUGACCAGCUUUCUUUAACAGAAUAAAGCAAUUACUAUAUGUCA